AUGGCGAACCACCUUCGUUUCGUUGCCCGGACGGUGAUGGUCCAAGAGGGCAAUGUCGAUGCAGCUUACAAGGCUCUAAACAGGUAUCGUAUUUCCACAUGUAUUUUUAAGUUACUGAUAUAGCUAGCUAUUGUGAGUCUGCUUAUUAUUUGAACAUCGUCGUUCAAACGUAGCUAGCUUGCUCAAUGUCAUUCCGACAUGACUUCCGGUGUAGACAGACACUUUUGUUGUUGAACCAGAAUCUGGGUUUACAGUAGACGUUGAAUAUGGCGAUUGUCGGUAUGUACUUCCAAAACAGCUCUAAAUAAAAAGUUACAUGCAACCGAAUCAACGAAUUGUUUUUGACUAAGUGAAAAUCCUCUUCUGCAGCUCCAAUAAAAUCCCUCAUUACUGCUACGCACAGGUCGGCGGAUCCAACAGCAGGAAAGGUCAUUGAUUUCAUCGCCUAGAACAGUGUAUGAACGUCAUAUAAAUGUUUUCACCCGCGCUACACGGAAUGCAAUAAUAUGUAAUGUAAGUAAAUUAGGUAUACAAUACGGUACGUCUUUACAGUGAUUGUACAUUUCUAGAUACGCUUUAUUUAGUGUAUUUUAUUGCAGGAGGUGGAGAAUAGUUGUAUUUGGCGCAUGCGCACUUGGUCAAAAACAAGCAUUUCGGUUGUAAACUUUUUAUUUAGACCUUUUUUUGAGGUACAUACUGGCCGUAAUGGGAGUAAUGACGACGGCUGAACAGUGAAACUCCAUUCGUUGCUAUGUACCGAACGUAUUUUUACAUUAUUCCGCUUGAAAAGCUGGUGAAUGGCAAGUUGAAUGACUGCUUCCUGGGUUUAAAGGAGAAUCGCCACAUUCAACGUCUCCUGUAAACCCAUAUUCUUGGUAGUUGUCAUACAAGUAGCUAGCACAGAUGAAUAUGGGCUGUCCAGUGCUUAAUUUGUAAAUUGAAAGGUGCCGGAACAAAAAGCGAUCCGAGAGGGGGGUGUCCUAGGGGGCUUUGAGGUUUAAAAAAAUAAUAAUGUAAAAAUGUACCGGAAUGCAUGAAGAAGAAGAAAACAGCCGUUAUAAUAAGCAUUGCAUGCAUUAUCAUUCCUUUUGGGUGCUGGUAUAGAGCUGUAGAUUAGAGGCGCUUGCAAAAGUUGCACAAAUGGGGAUUUAUUUUUUGAAGCCUAGGGUCUGGGAAAAUGUUGGCCUUUUGGAAACGCAUUUCAUGCAAUUCUAUAUCAUUUUAGACUUUAGCAGAAUCUUUUUUAAUACUUCACAAAUUAUCGAAAUGACAGGCUACUUUGACACUGACAAACUGAGAUCAAUAAAAACGACCUUGUCUUCAAUCCAUCAAUCCUUUAGGUAUGUGGAGACACAUUGUACAAUAUGAGGAUGAAAUUAUAGUCCUAAAAAAGCUUUCCAGUUUCACUGACUCGCCCAAUGAUGCGCAACUCACUCACUGGCGAUAGCCGACGUGCUCGUGCUAAAAGCCUGUCUCUCUUGUUUUACUUUCUAAAAACAAUGCUCUUCACUCAAUAGGCCUAUUUGGAAGUUGAUAACAUACACUAUGUGGACACCCCUUCAAAUUAGUGCAUUCAGCUAUUUCUGCCACACUCGUUGCUGACAGGUGUAUAAAAUCGAGCACACAGCCAUGCAGUCGCCAUAGACAAACAUUGGCAGUAGAAUGGCCCGUACUGAAGAGCUCAGUGACUUUCAACGUGGCACCAUCAUAGGAUGUUACCUUUCCAACAAGUCAGUUCAUCAGAUUAAUGCCCUGCUAGAGCUGCCCCGGUCAACUGUUAGUGUUGUUCUUGUGAAGUGGAAACGUCUAGGAGCAACAACGGCUCAGCCACGAAGUGGUAGGCCACACAAGCUCACAGAACGGGACCACCGAGUGCUGAAGCGCGUAGCGCGUAAAAAUCAUCUGAUCUCGGUUGCAACACUCACUACGGAGUUCCAAACUGCCUCUGGAAGCAACGUCAGCACAAGACCUGUUCGCCGGGAGCAUCAUGAAAUGGAUUUCCAUGGCAGAGCAGCCGCACACAAGCCUAAGAUCACCAUGCGCAAUGCCAAGCGUCGGCUGGAGUGGUGUAAAGCUCGCCAUCAUUGGACUCUGGAGCAGUGGAAACCCAUUCUCUGGAGUGAUGAAUCACGCUUCACCAUCUGGCAGUCCGACGGACUAAUCUGGGUUUGGUGGAGGAGGAAUAAUGAUCUGGGGAUGUUUUUCAGGGUUUGGGCUAGGCCCCUUAGUUCCAGUGAAGGAAAAUCUUAACACUACAGCAUACAAUGAAAUUCUAGACGAAUCUGUGCUUCCAACUUUGUGGCAACAGUUUGGGGAAGGCCUUUUCCUGUUUCAGCAUGACAAUGCCCCUGUGCACAAAGCGAGGUCCAUACAGUAAUGGUUUGUCGAGAUCAGUGUGGAAGAACUUGACUGGCCUACACACAGCCCUGACCUCAACCCCAUUGAACACCUUUGGGAUGAAUUGGAACGCCGACUGCGAAGCCAGACCUAAUCGCCCAACAUCCAUCCGCGACCUCACUAAUGCUCUUGUGACUGAAUGGAAGCAAGUCCCCGCAGCAAUGUUCCAUCAUCUAGUGGAACGUAUUCCCAGAAGAGUGGAGGCUUUUCUAGCAGCAAAGGUGGGGACCAACUCCAUAUUAAUGCCCAUGAUUUUGGAAUGAGAUGUUUGACGAGCAGGUGUCCACAUACUUUUGCUUAUGUAGUGUAUUUGUUAGCCUACAGACAGAUAUUAGUCUUCACUUUUCAGCAGGAGCCAUUUUCUUUCCAAUCUGUGCUUCCCCGCGAUUGUCUGAAACCUCCUGAAUGUGACCCCCCUCUGUUUCAUCUCCGAACUGCCUCUACUCUAGCCUUCACCCUGGCGCUGACUUUUUUUUGCUACUUCCUCGUUAUGCAGACAUAAGCACUCACACCAUCGAGGUGUGGAUGUUUACUUUCUACACAAGUUGUUAUUUUUCAGUUUCGUCCUAAGAACAGAUUGAGUGGUAAAAUGAAAAGGUAUACAUUUGUUGGUGCCAUUUAGGCUAAAUGGAAUAUUAAGCAUAAUCCCAGUCAAAAUAGGCGCUGCGAACGUUCGAUUAAAAUUCAUUUGCUGUGGGUUUGCGCUUGUGUACCAGCUGAGCCAACGUUCUAUUGUCGUUUUUCAGCCUUGGGUGAAUUUUGACUCGUUCUAUUGUCCAGCCUACUACAAUGUUGCGCAAACAUAAACCCAUGCCGGCCCAACACGAAUAAAACAAUUUUAAUAACAGGAACGUUUUCACAUUAGGGGGCAAUAUAAUUACAGAGGAGGCAACUUGAAUAACUCUGAUUGCUUUUAUUUAAAAUGUUGCAUUGCAAACAGUCACAAUUAUUUUUCAUGUCACGAGAGGUACCGGAUCCUGGCAAAUGGGUUCCGGAACGAAACAGUCCAAAACUGAGAGGUGCCGGAUCCUGUUCUCAAAUUAGCGAACUGAAGAUUUAGCUUGCUACAGUGUUUACGCUCACCAAAUCAGUAUCACCCAAAAUUGCUAUGAUCGGGGAUGGGCUGUUUCUCCUGCUUUUCUGCUUGGUUGCCUACCUUUCCCUAAGCCUCUCCAUUCCCUCUUAUCUGACUGCAUAUUAGAAAUUCUGAUUAUACCUAAAGCCUGCAGGUUUAAAGUUCUGAUACAUUGCAAAUGUAAGACUAGUUAAGUCAUAUGAUGACCCCCUUAUGUCUUAUUAGUGCAUAAUGAUGCUGACUAGAAAACAGCCAUUUGGAGAUGGAUUAAUAUUUCCUACUACUCAGAGACAUAAUAUUAUAAGCCUUUUAAUAAGACUGUAUAAUGGUUAACACAUCCUCAUAUGAAAUAAUACAAUAUUUUACAUGUAAGGUAUACAGGUAUAGGCCUACUUCUCCUAACCCACUUCUCUCUGCUCUCUCAUUUUACACCAUUUAAGAGUGCUGUCUGUGGAUGGAAUUAUCGAAACAGUGAAACGAAAGCGCUACUACGAGAAGCCCUGUCGGCGCAGGCAGCGAGAGAACUAUGAGAACUGCAAGAGGAUCUACCAUUCUGAAAUGGCCAGGAAGAUCUCCUUCAUCUCCCGGACGCACAGACAAGACCCAUGGGUCGGCUCCUAG